AUGGGCACCAAAAGGUCUUGGGAAGGAAACCUCAUUCAGAGGGCUGAAGGUGGAAAAAUGACUGAACCGGAGCAAAAGGGAGGUGUUGAGUCCUUGUUUUCGUACUUCCGGAGCGAAUUGGACGAGCACCAUGAUCGCCGGGAACGUGUGAUCAAGGCGUCGCGAGAUAUUACAGCCUUGAGUAAAAAGAUGGUUCGGAGCUUAAACACUACCGUCCCAAGGUCCAUCGCCAAAGAAAACACUGACAGAUUUGCCCAAAUCCGCAACCUCUUCAAUUCCAUAACUCCCGAUGUGUCCGGUCUCAACUCCUGGCGAUAUCAAUACCAAAUCACCUGGGGCGUGCAGGAGUACAUCGAAGCACUCUCCUUUCAGUACUACAUUGAAAAGAAACAGCUCAUUCCUCUCGAGGAAGUGAGGAACUCACUCCCCCCCGAAAUAUAUGUCACGGAGACGGAUUAUGUACUAGGGUUGUUUGACCUAACCGGAGAAUUGAUGCGUUUCGCCAUCACGGCAAUGAGCACAGGAGAAAAUCGUCCGCGGAGUACGCUCGCGGAUGCAAACGUCGACGGGCCAAGUGGUGAAUCAGGGUCCGGAUUUGGACACGGUUCGUCGGCGGAGGGGAUCAUGGUUGAUUUACGGGAAUUGCGGGCUAUGUUUGAAAAGCUGAAUGUUCCGCGGAACCAUUCCCUGACGAAAGAGCUAAACAAAAAGAUGGAGGUUAUGCAGACGAGCGUGGAGAAGGUUGAGAGGGCUGCUUACGGUUUCCUGGUUCGUGGGCGGGAGCGGCCUGAGGGAUGGGUGCCGGACUUGUCUGCGAGUACGGCUCCGGUGGAAAGCUAUUAA